AUGGUAGAUGUUAUUGCAAAGGUCAUCGAAGAUUUCAGUGCCCGUGACUUACAUUCGGCACUUCUGGUUAACCGAGAAUGGUGUCGAGCCACUGUUCCAAUGUAUUGGAAGGCUCCAUUCAGUUUUACAAUGAAGAGGAGUACCACCGCAUUGAAGGUUUAUGAAUCAUUUCUUGAAACGGCAGAAAAGUCUACGCAGCAAACGGUUCAAAAGCCUUUUUUCGAUUACCCAUUGUUUAUCAAAGAACUCAAUUAUACAAACUUAUUGGCUUGUUUAAAAAUGUAUGAAAUGGCUAAGAAAGUUGAAGCAAUACUUCAAAUGCUAACAAAGUAUGAGAUUCGCCUAAAAACUUUUAUUAUAGAUAAUACUGGUGCGAAUAAUGAAAGAUCACAUUUGGAUAUUCAUCUUCAUGAUACUUCCGUUCCACGUGCCGAAGAAUCGAUCAAUCAUCUUAAGGAACUUUUAUCUGCUCAAACGCGUCCCUUGAACCUUCGAUUGGUAUUUCCAAGCGGAUCUGGGAGAUCGCUGCUCGAAACAUUUCAGUCCCGACUUGAGUCCUUCAAACGUCUUGAACUUGUAAAAUGGAACUUCAACGGUUGUGAUUGGGAGUGGUUGAAAAGGUGUUCCAAUUUGGUCGAAUUUGCCAUCACAAGCCCUUCACCUCAGGUUUCUGAGAUUUUAGGUACUAAAAACGAAAGUUAUCGUUUAAAAGUUUCGAAAAAUUCAAAGAUUUUGACCGAACAUUGGCAUUUUAACAAAAAUGACGAAAUCCCUUUAAAGUUUUACUUUCACUUGGAUAAAUCUUUGAUGGAAUCACAAUCUCUGAUUAUAACUCAACCACGAGUUAGUCGCCGGACAAAUGAUCCUAAAAAGUUACAAUAUAUUUGUGCCAACGCCAUGAUUAAAAUGUUUAAAGAACUCGAUUAUUAUUUUUCAGAAGAUGAAGACAAUUACUUAAGUACUUACGACGAUUACGAUGAUGGUUAUGACGAAUCUCUUGGCAUAAGUUACGAAUCAUAUUUGGAUUCCCAAUUUGGAUGGGUUGCUGGGAUGUAUCCUGAAUUUUUGCAAGCUUUUGCCAAUAGUAGUAUUCCAUAUUUUGGUACUUUCCCACAUGCUUUUUGCACAUACCAUAGUGUUAGACCAAGACAUUUCCUUGGCGCAGACAAUGAGGAUGGAAUAGAAGCCAUACUCUCAGCUUGUAAAGGCCACUCCUUACAUGAAAUCAUUGAUGGCAAUAAGCCACUUCAUCCUGUCAUUGAUUUCGAUUUGCCAAAAGAUAUAUUAGAUACUAUCACACCCAAACUUUUGGACAAUCAGAUUAAAACACACCUCUUCAUAUUUCAACUUUCAGCAUGA